AGUAAAGAAGAAGAGCAAUAUAUUACUAUUUUUCUAGUUGUCUCUAUAAAAGAAAAAAAAAAAAGUCCUAUCCUUAACUGUUUAUCUCAUUCCCCCUCUCCAUAGAUCCUUCAAAAUUCAUACAGACAUUACUCUGUCCAAACAGAGUCACCCUCUUCAAAUUGUAUCAUCUUAACCCUAAUCUUACUUAUCUGUUUAUAAUUAAUCUACCAAAUCUAAUACCAAGAAAAACUUUUUUUUUUUGGCUUUUAUUUUCCUAUCUUUCAUUGGAUUUGCUUGCUUGCCAGUUAGCUAGUCAUCAUAGUUACAUACAAUGAGCACCCUCUCUCAAGUCUAUACGCAACAUCCUCUCAAAGUCCACGAUAUCAUCCCUUUAGACUUUGAUUCCGUCGUAACUGUGCCUGAUUCUCAUGCUUGGCCUAUCUCCGAUGGCUUUGAGUCCAAUGACUGGUUAUCUAUACCCACGAUUGACCUCAAGGACCCUGAUGCAGUUAAGCUAAUAGGUCAUGCUUGUGAGACAUGGGGUGCAUUCCAAGUCGUGAAUCAUGAUAUUCCAUUCAAACUACUCGAUGAAGUUGAGUCUGAGGCUUGUCAGCUCUUCUCUCUUCCAACUACACAAAAGCUCAAGGCCUUAAGGUCUCCUGGUGGAGCCACUGGAUAUGGCUUAGCUCGGAUAUCGUCAUUUUUCAACAAGUUUAUGUGGCAUGAAGGGUUCACCAUCAUGGGUUCUCCUUUGGAUCAUGCCAAAGAACUUUGGCCCAAUGACUAUCAGAAGUUUUGUGACAUAAUGGAAGACGGUCAGAAGAAAAUGGAGGAGCUGGCCACAACACUAAUGCAUAAAAUUCUGGAAUACUUAGCUGUAUCAGAAGAAGAAAUGAAGUGGCUUGGUUCACCCGAAGUUGCCAGCACCGCUCUGCAGCUGAACUCUUAUCCAUUGUGCCCAGACCCCAAUCGAGCCAUGGGUUUAGCUCCUCACACAGACACUUCCCUCUUCACCAUACUGCACCAGAGGAUCAGCGGCCUACAAAUAUUCAAAGAAGGAGUUGGAUGGGGUUUAGUACAUCCAAUCAGUGGGGCACUCGUAGUGAACGUUGGCGAUCUCUUACACAUCCUCUCGAAUGCUAGGUUUCCAAGUGUUCUUCAUCGUGUGGUGAUGAAAGAGACUAAACAAAGGUUUUCUGUGGCUUUCUUCUAUUCCCCGCCUGUUGAUUUCAAUUUAGAUCCUCUGGGUUUGAGUUCUGGCCAAAUUCCUCUAUACCACUCUGUGUCAGUGGCUGAAUACGUUGGCAGGAAGGCCAAGGAUCUUAACAAAGCACUUGCUUCUAUUAGAAUUUAGUGGGGAAAGUAUGAAAAGCACUUCUGUAUUUAUGCUUGUCUUUGCGCAAAGUACGUAAUACUUUUUUUUCUUUUGCUAAGUAAAAAAUAAUA